AUGGUCGCGUACCACAGCCGGACGAAGCGGAACGGGUCGUCGCAGCACACGACGCGCGCGCCCCCCCGCGCGGCGGCGCUCGCCGCCUGGGGCGACGCGGCGCCGGCGGCGGACGCCUUCCCGCCGGCGGGGCCCGGCGAGUUCCCGCCCGGCGCUUUAGGCGCGCGCGCGGGCUGGCUGCUGCGGGGCGUCCUCGCCGCGUCGGUGCGGUCCUGCGGCGCCGCGCUCCGCGCCGCCCUGCGCCGCUGGGCCGCGGCCGCGGCCGCGUCGCCGGCCGGCGCCGCGCGCGCGGAGCGGCUCGCGCGCGCGCUGCGCGCGCUCGCCGAGGACGCGGCCGUCGUCGCGCGCGCGGCGGACGUGCCCCGCGGCGACGCGAUGCGCGACGACGCCGCGCUCCUCCUCCGGCGCCUCGACACGCUCCGGGCCAUGUCCCUCGAGGUCGGGACCCGCGCGGCCGCGGCGGCCGCGGGCGGCGCGGCGCCCGCGGCGCCGCGCGCGCCGCCGUCGCCGCCGCGGUCGCCCCCGCGGGGCCUCCUCGCCGCCGACGACGACGCGGACGACGACGACGGCGAGUCCUUCGAGGAGGCGGCCGUCGCCGUCGUCCGCGCGCCGCCGCGGCGCGCGCCGCGGCCGAAGGCCCAGGCGUGGCUCGCGAAGCGGCGCACCUACGGCGGCGACUACGACGACCUCCCGGAGCAGCCGCCGCCGCGGCCCGCGCCGGCGAAGAAGCCACCGCCGAAGAAGCGGGCGCCGAAGCGGCCGCCGGAGCCGCUGCUCUACGACGUCGCGUCCUGCGCGCGGCGGCUCGCGGAGGCGCUCUACAAGGUCGGCGAGCGGCUCUUCGCGUGCGUCGACGCGGACUUCCGCGAGAUGCCCCUGCGCGUGCGCCGGCCGCCGGUCCACCUCGACGUGCAGCGCCUCGAGGUCUUCCAGAACAAGCUCCACGCAGGGCGGGAAAAGAGCGCGAACUUCCCAACUUCAAAGGCUCCUCUCUCGGCCGUUUUCCACUCGUUUCGGCUGAUCUUUGGACGAGCGAUCAUCUCUCGGAACGGUCUCGAAGCGUGCAUGCUUUUUCCGGAACGCGCGCGCGCGGAACACCCACGUUGA